AUGGAUAAUCCGGGCUAUGUGAUUGAUUGCGAGUGCGAGUUCGGUGACUUAGAGCCUGGUAAAGAAAAUAACCUAGUGGAAACCCCGAGGCCGCACAACUUCGAGGAGGCGAUCACACUGACCGGUGUCGGACGGUUCCACCUGAAGCUGCUGCUCAUCUGCGGACUGUGCUUCAUGGCCGUCAUGGUGGAGAUAAUGGGCGUCAGCCUGAUCCUGCCGCUGGUCAAGUGCGAUCUGAUGGCCACGCUCGAACAGCAGGGCAUAUUGGCCUCCUCCGGUUUUCUGGGCGUGGUGCUCAGCUCGCACGCGAUGGGCUUCCUGGCGGAUACCUGGGGCCGUGUGGCCACGCUGCGCUACGCGAUACUGUUCAGCGCCAUCUGCUCGGUGGUGUCCGCCUUUUCGGUUAACAUUUGGAUGCUGAUUGUGUUCCGCUUCCUCACGGGCUUCUUCAUCUCCGGCGGACAGGCGUGCGUGUUCAGCCUGUGCGGUGAGUUCCAUGGCAACAAGUCGCGUGUUCGCCACGUGACGCUCCUCUCCUGCUUCAUGUGCAUUGCCAUGAUGUUUGCACCAGCUGUGGCCAUUGGCAUUCUGCCACUCCAGCUGAAGGGCUCGCUGCUGGGCUUGAGGCUCUCCUCGUGGCGUGUGUUCCUCAUCGCGGAUGUCUCCGUGUCUGUGCUGGCGCUGCUGGGUCUCUUCCUGCUGCCCGAGACGCCCAAGUAUCUGCUCGUCCAGGGUCGUGUCGACGAGGCGCUCGCAACGCUGCGCCGCAUCUACGCCUCGAACUCGGGCCGACCCUCGGCCGAGUAUCCAGUGCAGCGUUUGGCCACGCAGAGCGGCGGCGCCAGCUUGUCCAGUGUGCACGGCUUCUGUGAUGCAGUGCAUCUCAUCUGGCAGCAGACAGUGCCGCUCUUCUAUCGCACCCGAGUGCUGCACACACUUAACAUCUGCAUUAUACAGUUUCUCAUCUACGGCAUCGCCCAGGGCUUCUUCAUGUGGUUCCCCACCAUACUCAACGAGCUGGGCAAGGAGAGCGCCCAGGGCUCGCUGCUCUGCACCGUGCUCCAGGGCUUCAACGCCGCUGGCGAGACAUCCGUGGACGGCAGCUGUAUUAUGACCGCCGACAUCAAUACCUACCAGGUGAUGAUCACCAUUGGCGGCGCCUUCACCAUCAUCUACUUGAUAUUCGCCUACACCAUUGAUCUGAUUGGCAAGCGGAAUCUAUUGAUUGGCUGGAUGCUGCUCACGAUUGUCUGCCUGGCCCUGCUCCACUGGCUGCGGAACUUCGCCCUGGUGGUGAUCGCCCUGACUUUGGCCAUGGCCAUCGGCAACUGCGGCGGCCUGGUCAGCACCAUUGCGAUGGACUUCUAUCCGACGCAGAUAAACGCGAUGGGCAUGUGCUUCAUCAUGAUGGUGGGCCGCCUGGGCGCCGUCGUCGGCAGCAAUCUGCUGGGCCGGCUCAUGUUCAGCAGCUGCGAGGCCAGCUUCUGGGCCGUGCUCGUCCUGGUCGUGGUGCUCAGCGUGAUGGCAUACUUUCUGCCCGAUCAGGCCAGGCCCAAGGCCAGGCGGCAAUCCUCAGCUGCCGCCGCCGCCGCUGCCGACAGCCAGGAAAUUAGCUCUAAGUAA